UAUAUUAUCAAAAUUGGACCUAAAAGUGAGCGCAAUGACCUUGCAAGUAAGAAAUACAAGGAGGCGAUCUUGAUUCUACUCUGCCUACCCAUCAAAUUCGCAAGCAUAUCCUCCAUUGUAAUUGUAAUUGUAUUUGUAUUCUUCGACAUCUCUAUCUGAAUAAUCGAGCAUGGCGCUCAUUCCAAGCAUCUUCGGCGGGCGAGGAAGCAACAUCUUCGACCCAUUCUCCUUCGACAUCUGGGAUCCCAUCUCCGAGGGGUCUGGGGUAGCCGCACGGGAGACCUCGGCAGCAUCGGCCAUAGCGAACGCUAAGAUAGACUGGAAGGAGACACCGGAAACUCACAUAAUAAAGGCUGAUCUGCCGGGGCUGAACAAGGCGGAGGUGAAAGUGGAGGUGGGAGAAGACGGAAGAGUGCUGCAGAUAAGCGGGGAGAGGAGCCAAGAGGAGGAGGAGAAGACUGACAAGUGGCACCGCGUGGAGCGUGUCAGGGGGAAGCUCAUGAGGAGGUGCAGGCUGCCGGAGAAUGUGAAGAUGGACGAGAUCAAGGCUAGCAUGGAGAACGGUGUGCUCACUGUGGUUAUUCCCAAAGAACAAGAGAAGAAGCCUGAGGUCAAGGUCAUUGACAUCUCUGGCUGACUCUUAAAAGAGUUUUUGAGGGUGGUUUGAAUUUGAAGCUGCAAGUUGCUGUUCACAAAUGUUUGCAAUAAUAUCUGUU